AUGUACAUGGAAUUGGAGAACCAAUACGCUUAUAAUAUAUUAGAAAACAAAGGAUAUGCUAUAAGUUUGAAUUCCGUUAUUGAACGAGAGCUUUUAACUCAAGAACAAUUUCAAAGCUUGGUUCAGGCAAACUGGUCUCAAAAAUCAUCUAGUGAGACAUUUGAAGCAUUUUCUAUGCUGGCUAAGUAUUGUUCUGAACACAAGCUGUGUAUAUCGGACAAGAUGUUUGAUAGCUUUAUUGAUCACCUUACUGACAAUAUAAAACAUGCUACUAACGAAGAACUGAAAUAUUUAUUUUAUUCUUUAAAUAAGUUUCCAGAGCCACCUUCCAUUAGAAUUAGAAAUUUCAUAGAAGUGUGGGUCGCACUAGAUGAUGAAUGUUAUAAUAGAUGUAAAGACUGGUCACAUGAUGAAUUGCUGUUAUAUACAGCCCUUUUUUAUAUGUUAAAUGUAAUAAAAUAUAGCGACUAUUCAUUAAAAAGCCUUAAUAAAUUGGCAAGCAAAGCAAAACAAUUAACACCAGGACAACUUGUUCAAACACUGUUUCUAGUUGGUAUUAUCAGAAAAGCACCAUUUGACAUGCACAAUUUAGAAAUUCGGUUAAAUGAGCAUUUCUCUAAGUUUACCGUUGAAGACUUAGCUAUAAUGUCUAUGGGCUUCUUUAAAAGUAAAACACCAAUUAGAGAUAGGGAUUUAGUGUUAAAAAUUAUUGACUCUGUUAUAGACAAUGCAAAAACCAUUCAUGAAGUUUCUUUAGCAGCUCUUUUAAAACUUAUUCGUUAUUCAAAUAAGAUAAAUACAGAUAAUAGAAUACAAAGACUUCUAGAUAUAUUGCAGCAUGAAGUAUCUAGAUUAUCAGUGAUGUGUAAUGUGCAUAUAGCCAUAUUAGGUACUUCAACUAUGAAUUUGCAUACAGGAUGUUUGUCAAAAAUUGCUGUAAAUGUAAUAGACUUGAUGUCCCAAACAAGGAUGAAAGAUUUGGAAAGGCUAGUGUUAAGUUAUGGUACAUUUAACUUCAUACCUCAAACAACAGAUUGCUUCUUCACAAAGGUCAUUGAAGAAUUACGAAGACCUGAGAGAGAAUCAGAAAUAAAUAAUCAUGGCAAGUCGUUUGCUUGCUGUGUAGCAUAUUUAGGUCUUUUAAAUUUUUAUCCUGUUGAUCUGAUAAAUAGAGUGUUGAGUGAAGAAUUUUUAGAAAAGAUUUAUGGUAAGCAUUGUUACAACUAUGGCAGAGAGAUCCUAACACUGCAUUUCAUAGCAGAGAUAUAUUGUAACAAUACUGUAAAGAAUCGUCUUAGUAACAAAUCUGUUCAAAUACUGGCAAAAAAGUACACUGAUUAUGUACCAACUGAAGAAUAUAAGAAGCAAUAUAAUGUUACUGAACGGAUGCUUCUAGAUGUUAUGAGAACGCUUAGAGAAUGCCGUGGCGGAAGUCAGUAUGUCAUAGGAGAUCACAUAUUGCCCUAUCAUCAAAGGGGAGAUGUUAUAGUUUGUGAUGAUAUUAAUGAUGCUCCAGUAGAUAUAAAACAUGCAUUUCCACCAAAGGACUUUGGACUACUAAGGAGGCCCCCGAAUGAUCACAUUUGGACUGUGCUAGUAAUAGCUGGCAGAAAUGCUUUAAUAUAUGAGACAGAUACACCAACUGGACCACUUUUUAGUAAAAUUGUGGACCUGGAAGCUAUAGGAUAUAAUGCAGCAUUGGUACCAUGGAGUUUAUAUUCGAAAUUGGAAACAGUAAAAGAAAAAGCAGACUAUUUAAAUAAUUUAAUAAAAAAUUGUAGAAAAGAUGUAAAUAAAUAA